UCUCUCUCUCUCUCUACAGCAGCAGCUACUACAAGACAACAAAGCCACACCUCUCUCACCAUCACGAAGAGGAGAAGAAGAAGAGAGAGAGAGAGAGAGAGUAGUAUAGCACCGAGCAAUUACAGCAGCGGGAGACAGGCAGGCAGACAGACAGAAUUGCCUGCCAAGAAACGAGAGAUCAUAGCCACACCUAGAGAAGGAAGAAGAUCAUCCCUCCAUCACUAUAAGAGGAGGAAGAGGAAGGAGGAAGGAGGAAGAAGGAGAUCUGUGCGUGUGUGGGGGGGAUGGGGAUGAGGCCAGGGUGGGUGGGCGGCCUGGUGGAGGCGACCUUCUUCGUGGGGUGCCCCUCCCACGAGAGCCGCAAGAAGAACGAGAAGAACAUCUUCUGCCUCUCCUGCUGCGCCAGCAUCUGCCCUCACUGCUCCCCCUCCCACCGCCACCACCCCCUCCUCCAGGUGCGGCGGUACGUGUACAAUGACGUGGUCCGCCUGGGCGACCUCGAGAAGCUCAUCGACUGCUCCUACGUCCAGCCGUACACGAUCAACAGCGCGAAGGUGAUCUUCCUGAAGCCCCGGCCGCAGUCCCGGCCGUUCAAGGGCUCCGGCAACGUGUGCCUCACCUGCGACCGCAUCCUGCAGGAGCCCUUCCACUUCUGCUGCCUCUCCUGCAAGGUGGACCACGUCAUGGUCCAUGGCGAUGGCGGUGACGGAGGCGGCGACCUCUCCAACAUCCUUCUCCACCAGCACCACCACCAUCACCAGGGUGGCGGCGGUGGUGGAGGAGGCGGUGGCUUCCCGCGCCUUGAGGACCUCCGUGUCGGCAUGGAAGAUGACGAUACUGUUGCCGUCGCCGCAUCCAACCCGGUUGGGCGACGUGGCGGAGGUGGCGACGGGUCUAGCGACAAUGGCGGUGGCAGCGCCGAGACGGAGGAGACGGCGGCGAAGAAGAAGAAGAAAGGAGGAGGGUUCUUCCCCAAGAUCCUGUCACUGGGGAGCAGGAGGAAGGGUGCACCCCACAGAUCACCCCUGUCCUAAACCUAAUCACCACUUUGCCCCCCUACUAGCUGUUAAUUACUCCAAUUAAUUAGCCAUCACUAGCUAGCUAGCCCUAGCUCUACUAGCUGGUAGGCUUAGUGUGCCACCUCAUUAUAGCCCUAUGAUUAGCCAUGUAGAUUGAGAGAUGAGUGAGUGUGUGUGUGUUAAUUCGUGUGUUGGUUGGUUGGUUGGGUGCUUGUUUAUGUGAUCUAGCUUAAGCCUAGCUUAUGCUAAGCUUAGCUAGGGCCACUUCUAAGCAUGGCACUUAGGGAGUGUUUUGAUGAGAUAGAGGAAAAGGGCAAGUACUUAUCCUCCUGUUACAGGACUAGGUAGCUAAGGCACAGACAUGUGGGCCUAGGUUGCAUGGCUUCCCCUGGAGAUGUGUGUGACUAGCUACCAAUUUUGUACUCGAUGUAACAGCAAGGGGUUACUUGCAUACACUUCCAUAACCACAUAUAUAUAAUUAAUUAGUUAAUAUCAUU